UCAGGAGCCGGAGCUCUGAAGCAGCGUCACCGUCUCACAGCCGCUCCCGCACUUUAAGAGCAGCGAGUCUGUCCGCUUUCCCUCACUUUCUCUUGUUCAGAGACAGAGAGAUCAUGGCAAGAACCAAGCAGACCGCCCGUAAGUCCACCGGAGGAAAAGCUCCCAGGAAGCAGCUGGCCACCAAGGCUGCCCGCAAGAGCGCCCCGGCCACCGGCGGAGUGAAGAAGCCCCACCGCUACAGGCCCGGUACCGUGGCUCUGAGAGAGAUCCGCCGCUACCAGAAGUCCACCGAGCUGCUGAUCCGCAAGCUGCCCUUCCAGCGCCUGGUGAGGGAGAUCGCUCAGGACUUCAAGACCGACCUGCGCUUCCAGAGCUCCGCCGUCAUGGCUCUGCAGGAGGCCAGCGAGGCUUACCUGGUCGGCCUCUUCGAGGACACCAACCUGUGCGCCAUCCACGCCAAGAGGGUCACCAUCAUGCCCAAAGACAUCCAGCUGGCCCGACGCAUCCGCGGAGAGAGGGCUUAAACUCACAAACCACCUCUACAACAACACAAAGGCUCUUUUAAGAGCCACCUCACUUUUAACUAAAGAGCCUCUCCUCUCCUGCUGCUGUAGAACACUAUUCUCUUAUGACGAUUGGGCUACUAAUUUAAUUUAAUACUAAUGCCUGCUAAUAAAGCAUUUAUUCAUCCCCAACAUAAAUAACAUGGCCUGAGCUACU